UCCAGCGGAUCAAAAUCUUUGCUGAUUACCUGGAAGGAGCCGAGGUACCCCCGUGGAAAAAUAUCCUAUACGCUGGCUUACAAAGUAAAAGGAAAGCCAUACGACAGAUCAUUCCAGCCAGAAGAAUCGUUUACAAUGAAGGAGGUAGCGGGAGCCUCUACGAGCUAUGUGCUUGGUGAUCUGGAGCCAGCUACACUCUAUGAGGUCUACGUGGUAGCGUCCACUAGCAAAGGGGAUGGGGAGUCUAGUCAGCAUGUUGAAGAAUUUACAGAACCUCCUGCAGCUGACGAGCUUCCAAAGCCCAACCCACCAGUGAUAGUAUCUUCCCCUGACGGUUCGCCUACCAUUCAGUUUAGCGAUGUGCUUGAAUCUCCAUAUAUAACGCACAUACUUGUUGCUGUUGAAGAGAGACUUCCGGUAGCAAGGCGCCGACGUCAACAGGCAGCGUAUGGAUCCUAUGCCGAGAAUCCCUCCUCAUACAUAGCAGCUAACAUCAGCAAAGAUGAUCUUCCGAUAGAGCUAACUAUAGGGGAUAAUGAGACUUAUGGACAUUACCACAAUGCACCCCUCAGAGACAAGGCGAUAUAUGAUGUACGAACAGGUGUUGAGAGCAACGUUGGAGGACAGAAAUCCACCCUUUUCGGAGAUCCAUCUGAAGUACAGCCAGCUGGAGUUCCUUCAGGUUCCAUAGCAACUGUCGUAGGAAGCGCUGUUGGUGCUAUUCUUGUGAUUGUUAUCGUUAUAUUUCUCAUCAUCAUCUUUUACAAGCGAAGAAGCGAUGAAUCAGCCACUACUAGGUCUAAAGGGAAGGAGUCCGAUUCGUCUCCGCAGUACGAAAACCCGGUAUUUGAUCCGUCAAAAUAUAGACGUCAAUACCUAUCAAGGCUUGAACACUGACAUUCAUAACUACCAAGAUGUUAAUACCGAUGCUGUGAGCUACGGUAAUCUUGCCGACGCUCAGACCGACCAAGAUCCAAAGGAACCUGAUCAAGAAGCUAUAUACGAAGACAUCAAUACAGAAUAUGUCAACGUGCUCAAGAAGAAUUGAAUACAUUAGAAGAAGGAAGAUCCAAGUCAAUCGCAAUGAUUUUGAGUCAUCAAGAAUUUAAACAAAUUAAGAGGGAUAACAUAUUUUCAGUCUUAAUUUAUUAAAAAUAUAUUUUCAUGUAUCAAUCAUUUCAUCAAAAAGAAACCAUACCUUAAAUCUUAUCACGAAAUAUUAAAGAUUAUCUUAAUAGCUGAAAGAAAAACUAUUCUGAUGGACUUGGGCGUUUUUCUUCAUGCAUCCCAUUAGAAUACUAUGACGAAAAGUUGUCAAAAACUAUCAUGGCUUCCUGUCCGUCGUCUUGUGCUUCUCUUUCUUUGUUUAUUUACACCUUGUCUACUCGGGUUAUUCCCAAAUCUUUUGAUAUCGGGGAUCACUCGAAAUGUUCCCUUUUGAAUAACAUGAUUCGCACAAGUCUAAAAAAUUUGGGUAAAAAUAGUUGUAGAUCUUAGGUCCCACACUACAUGAAAGUCAGGGUAUGGGAUGAGUUUCUUUAAAUGUACAUAUGUAUAUAUACUUAUCCUCGUUCAUUGAAGUUUGUUUUCUACUUUCAUUUCCUGAAUAAUGUGAAUGUAUAGGAACGCAUGAAUUUUACAUCAUGGAGCAAGAAAGAUAAUUCUAUUUUCGAUUUUUUUUUUCUUCUCCCUUCUUUAUCAUCUGCUGAGAUUUCUGAUGAAAACGAUUUUAGAAAUAUAAGAUAUGUUUUUGAAUUAUUCAAUGCAGGUAUAAGUAUAAAGGAAAACUUAUUGAGUCAUGUAUAUACACGUGAAAUACAAGGCAUGUUCCAUCAUGUUAAUCGUGUUUUGAGGUAGGCUAUCAGUAGGACAAUACAAUAUUCCGCUGUAUGUUUUGUCUGCAUGGAUUACUAGUGUUAACGCCUGCUAUUUCUGGUGUAAAGCAUUAUUACCCCAUUCUUUGACAAGAAUGAAUAAAUUACCAAUUAUUAUUAUUGUCAUUAUUA